CAUAAUUAUGUUGCCGAUAUUUUCGCUCCCCCCCACCUCCCAAAAGAUGUCAGCGUCCUACUGUCCUUAUCCAUUCCGACAUAAACGAGCUUGCUUUAAAACAUAAGAUCAAGACGCCCAAGUCAGCAAAAUGUCAUGUCCGAACAACGUGGCAGCCGGAUCGUUUCUGAUGGAUUCGCUGGUGGGAGAAACGUCGCCAUACAGAGGUGAAGGAUAUUCUGCUAACUCUGGGAUGUACAUCUCAACGUCUGCAGAAUAUGGCUGUCAGAUGAUGAGAAAUUUAGGCGUCGCUGGUAUGCCCCACUCCAAACGGGAUGAGCUGCCACCGAGUACCGUGCUAAUCAGCGGCUAUGAGCACGCGCAUUACCUGUCGCAGCGGGACGCCUGGACGACCGCCUCCAAAACUUACAGAGGUGCCCAACCUGUUGCCCAGCCUUUGCACCCAUGCUCUUUUACAAGCAGCGGCGUCAAGGAAGAGGCUAUAACUUGCCUUUAUCAGUCUGAUAUCGAUAGUCCCAGGGAGUCUACGGACUCCUCCACCUAUAUCCGACUAGGAGACAAUAGCAACCGCACUGAUCAAAGCGGUGUCUCCUCCGCCGGCUAUUUUCGAGGGAACCAGGUGUAUACAACUGAAAGGGUGCAUGGAGAAGACGGUUUUGACUCGGACUUUAGCCGUAUUUCAAGAAUAACAACUCCCACAGAGACACGAACCGUAGAUUCGUUUGUCAAGAGCAGCAAGUCGCAGCAGGACGCAUCGGGCGAGGAAACGAAUGCUGAGGAGCAUCGUGUGGAUAAGAGACAGCAACUUAGGAAAGAAGACGGCGGCCCGAAGAACGACAGCUGUACAGAUGAUUCUGAGAGCGAAUUAAAAGAUGAAGCAAAGUUGGAAAACACUACGGGGAACUGGCUGAAAGCUAAAAGUGGACGGAAGAAGAGAUGUCCUUACACAAAGCAUCAGACACUUGAGCUUGAGAAGGAGUUCUUGUUCAACAUGUACUUGACUCGAGAGCGCCGUCUGGAGAUCAGCAAGAGUAUCAACCUCACAGACAGACAGGUCAAGAUUUGGUUUCAGAACAGAAGGAUGAAAUUGAAGAAGCUUAACAGGGAAAAUCGGGUCCGGGAUCUAACGGGCUACAACUUCAACUGAAUACAGGACAAACAAGCAAAAAGCAACACAAUUACUUUCAUUAAUUUUUAUGAAUACCUCGGACUUUCUGUGACACACACACACAAACACACACAAACACACACACACACACACACACACACACACACACACACACACACACAGACAGACAUCGUUUGCAUCUGGACAUGGGCCUAACUUAACAUUGCCGUUCAGACUGCCGUAAUUGUGUAAAUUUGCGCACAUAAAGGGAUCCUCGGCUCAGUCAAACAUUGGGGCAUGUCUUGCUAUACAUGAGCUAUCUACCUGAUGUCUUAGCUGAUUAGCUUGUUUGUCCUUAGUGCGCGUGUGUCCUAAACAAUGCGUACUGUGUCCUUUGCAUGCCUACUGUUGAUUUGUCAGUUUAAUUUUUAAUUCGACAAAGUGUCAAAUAAAAGGGGGUUGGGAAACAUAA